UGCAGGGCACGAAGUGUAUAGAGAUAUGUUGAAUGCUUUUUCUCAUUUAUUGAGACCUGCUUCAGUUUACAGGAUACACUCUGCAGCUGUCACCAUGUCGUCAGCUUCCAACGUACUGAUGAGACUGGUGGCUACGUCUUACGCUGUCGCCGAGAAGGCUGCGACUAUCACCAGGAAUGUGAUGAGCAGUGGAGAUCUGGGUAUAGUGGAAAAGACUGGAGCUAAUGACCUGCAGACUGCCGCUGAUCGACUUGUGCAAAAAAGUAUAUGUGCAUCUCUGGCACGAAAGUUCCCGCAAAUAACAUUAAUUGGAGAGGAGGACCUGCCAUUAGAAGAAGUGGAGGAGGGACUUUUCGAAACAGGGCAAUCUGAAGAGAUAUUGAAACACACCUGUCCGAAUCAGUACAGCAAUAUCAAAGAGGAAGACCUGGUUGUAUGGGUGGAUCCUUUAGAUGGCACCAAAGAAUACACAGAAGGACUUCUGGAUCACGUUACUAUUCUUAUUGGGAUUGCAUAUGAAGGAAAGGCAAUAGCCGGUGUGAUUAACCAGCCCUAUUAUAACUACCAGGCUGGUGAUAAUGCCGUAUUGGGAAGAACAAUUUGGGGCGUCUUGGGUAUUGGAUCGUUUGGAUUUGAGCUGAAAGAAGUGCCUGACGGGAAGCAUAUAAUCACCACCACACGCUCCCACAGCAGCAAACAAGUGAACGACUGCAUCGCAGCCAUUAGCCCUGAUAAAGUAAUUAGAGUAGGAGGUGCGGGAAACAAGAUAAUUCAGCUGAUUGAAGGACAAGCUUCUGCAUAUGUCUUUGCCAGUCCUGGGUGCAAAAAAUGGGACACGUGUGCUCCAGAGGCAGUUCUCCAUGCUGUGGGAGGCAAGCUUACUGAUAUCCAUGGAAACCCAUUCGAAUACCACAAAGAUGUGAAGCACAUGAAUUCAGCUGGGGUUCUCGCAACUCUGAGAAAUUUUGAUUACUACUCUUCUCGAGUUCCUGACUCUGUGAAACAAACACUGGUGCCAUAGAUAGCAAUGCACAUGAGCUCACUCACUAAAUCCCGAGUUUUGCCUUUCUGUUUUGGUUGGAUCUAGUUUGAGUGACCUUAUUUGAGUAACAAGGGUCCUCUCAUUUACAAAUCAUUUACACUACCAAGUAAUAUUAACAGACCCACCAUGUUUUUUGGACACGUUUCUCACAUAUCUCAUACUGAUGGCUAGCACUUUGAAAUUGUUACCCUGUUGUGUGUAUUAUUCAUAAGCAGGAUAUUGACUGAUUACUGAAUUGAAUUCUUACCUGCAUCAUUUCAAUUCCAUAUACUGCAGGGUAGCAUUUUUCAUGUGCUCUCCAUCAUGGUGUGUAAAUAUGUGCCCUUUAAAACAUGGUGCGACUGGCAGACCUA